UGCGAGUAUUAACGUGCGCGUACGCAAGACACUUAUUCACAAUACCAACGCGUUAGUUUCAUUCGUCGUUCGGUAAUAGUGUUGAUGCCGUAAAGUGAAUUGGCAAAGGAAGUUGGUGGUCACUAAAGUAAAAAUAUGGAAUAUUUAAAAAUAAUAUGUUGCGCUGUUAAACCAUUAAACAUGUGUGUGCAUUAAGAAAUUAACAUUUUAUGGCCUGUUAUGAAUUUUUUAAGCCCAAUAAAUUCCUAAACAGUUUAAUAAAAUCGGAUUCAUUACUUUUACCAAUUGGCUAACUGUUCGUGGAUUAUCUUAGUGAUCUGCCCAAGUCUCUAAAUGAUAUACCAACGAAAGAAAAGCUGCUAAGCUAUUGUGUACUCAUCACCCUCGGGUAACUUGCGCGAUUCGCAAUAGCCCCACAGUGGUUCAAAGUUACACACUCACACAUCUAAAUACAUAUGUAACGUAACCAACUUGGCUGCCGAUCACACAACCAACAAACUAUUUAUUCACCAACUUACUCCACCAAGUCAUUCCUCUUCGCGCCGGGAACCCGUCGCUUAUUCUUAUGAUAGUGCUAAAAUACAUGUGUACCUCUCUUCCACAUCUUUACAGCAAUUUUGCUCCCCAUCUUAACAGUGAUUCCAGUAAAAAAUGAAAAUGAAAUAGAAACAAAAGAAAUGGAAAAUGUUGCAAAACUUCCAUUAAACGAGUUUGACACAUAAACGCAUUCAACAAUACCGUGCAAACAUACAUAUAUGUGUAAAAGUGUACGUGUGUGUGCUCGUGCUCCGGAAAAACCUGUUGCGCUCGAUACUGCAUUCAUGCUCAGUGGACUUUACACGGAGCACAUUCAUUCUAUUGCAGUGUGUGUUGCAUGCAACCAGAAAUGUCGUGCUGACAAGACGUCGCCGUGCUGCACUCAAGUCAGUCAAAGGGGAUACCAGUAAAAAAAAAAGCAUCGUAAAAGUUCAUUCAAAUUUAUCAGCAGACAUUUGAAGAAUAAGAAACAAGAAGUACACACAAUAACGUAAUUAAAAUGCAGGACAUACGUUUGCGCGUUGAACAACCCAUUUCGCAUGUGUCUCCGACACAAGGACGCCGACCUAUACAUUUACUGCCACAAAUAAGCUUGGGUUGCAAUGAAACGCCGUUGAAUGCUCACCUUCAGUGCAGUCAACACUCAAUGCCACGCUCACCCAGCUCGGAGGAGGAUAAUUCACCAACAGAAAUGAAUAACUGCCGGCGUAUGACGGAUAAACCCCCCUUGGUGAAGCGACUCACAAUGGGUAUGGGUUUAUUGCGCGGCACCGAAGACAGUCGCCCGCUAGUGCACACAGCCUCAUCGUCUCUCAAUUCAGGCUCGUCACAAACCAUUUCCGACGGCUAUGUGAACGAAGCUAUAUGCGAACCGGAGAAAAUGAUAACCAACAAAUUCGGCGAUUCUUGUAGACAAUCGUUGACCGCAUUGCCAACACUUCAUGCGGCUCAUAUCGGCUUACAAGAUCACACUGAAUUUAGCUACAAGAAAAAGUAUCUACGAGAAACAUGUAGUGCCAAUUCCAGCCCAAAGAUGUUUGCGCCUAGCGCGCCGCUACGCCUCGACAAUCUCAGUUUGGCGGAACAACACGAACUGAAAGGUGCCGCAUGGUUUCAAGCCGGUAUACCCCGUGAGAUCUCACUCGAGGUAUUGUCGCGUCAAAGCCCAGGUGCCUUCUUGGUGCGUCAGAGUAGCACAAAGCCCGGUUGUUUUGCAUUAUCGUUACGCGUGCCACCGCCCGCGCCAAAAGUGGCACACUACCUGAUAUUACGUACACCGCGCGGCUACAAAAUCAAGGGUUUCACCAAGGAGUUCACCUCAUUGCGAGCGCUUAUCACACAUCAUUCGGUGAUGCCAGAGCUGCUGCCAGUACCCUUGACAUUGCCACGCCCCACAAAUAUAGGCGCAGGAGCACCAGGAAGUCGGCAUGGCUCAAGAGGCAGUGAAUUGGAUGGCUGUGAUGAUUUUGAUACUUAUGGAUCGCUAAAUGAUUUUCGCAAAAUGAUGGCCGACCUGAAUGUAUGACUUUGGAGUGGUACAGGGAAUGAGUUGACUGAAAUGAGAAGAGCCCAAACACAGGGCGAUGCAGGGGUAAGAUCAGUAGCAGCAGCAGCAGCCACAGCAACAACAGCAGCAACAGGAGCAUCAGCAGCAACAUCAGCAUCAACAGUAAAGUCACCAAGAAGUUGACAAGUAUUCGACUGUUUAAAAUUGUUUCGGUGUGAACGAAGUUAUUGAGCAGUGCUGGUCAUAAGACAAAUAACGGCAACGGCUGGAAAUGUAACAGCAGACAAAUGAGACUCAACCUUUAAGCAACAGUCAAGCAAAUGAGACUUGAUGACAGCGGCGACAAAAACAGCAACAAAAACUUUGCAAGAAACAACUGCAUCAAGGAGCCACCAACACCACUAACCACAGUAAAAACCUAAAACAACAACUGCAGUAAAGUCAAUGGCAGUCAUAGCACCAUGAGUAAGGGAGUUACAGCGCAAUGAAGCAAACAAACAACAAAAACAAAACCAGCAAUAAAAAAACAUACCUAAUUAAGGCUAUAAUAGUAGAUUUCGCACCAAUAGCAUUGGCAAUGGCAAUGGCCAUGACAGUGAUACGGAUACUAGUAACUGGCAUACCUCCUCAAAUAAACAUUUCUGGCAACCUUGCAAACGUGAUAACCACAUUGAAUGGUUAAAAUGCUGUUUUGUUAAUUAACACUGACAAGUGAUACAGAGAGGUGGAUAACAACAAAAUUAACGAAAACUACAGUUUCCAGUAAUCAGCCAACAUGCACCCACAUACGUUUUGUAUGUUUUACUCUGGAAUACUUUGGGGUAUGCAACACUCACUGCUCAGCCUUAGUGACUUGUUGAAGUUCAAGCAGAUGCAUGAGGAUAUUGCAAAUAAAUAGCAAUUUUGCAAUACUGAUACAUACCUUAUCUGCAGCAGUAGUAUGUAUGUAUGUAUGGGGUGAAAGGCUGACUGGCUAUGACUUUAGUGGUUUUUGUUGAUUAAGCUCAGUAAUUUUUUAACUAGGCAACAAGUUCAUGAGGAGGGUGCGUGCAAAUUUGUGACUAAUGAAAAUAACAGGAAGCCUAGUGAUUUUUGUCCAAUAGUUACUUACGAAAUAGUAAAUGGAAAUGUGCAUAUGUAUGUGUGUGUGUAAAUACAUAUCGCUCAACUGCUGAAAGAGUAUGUAAUUAAAAAAUAAUUGUAAUACGCAGAAAUUACCACCAUCUCUAAUUUUAUGCCGUACAAACAGUCCAUAGCGGCAUCUACUAACAGUGUAUCAUUAAUUAGGUUGGUUUUGUAAGUGACGUCAUCGGCAGUUCCCAGGUUCGAAACUUGUGAAAAUACUGAAAUUAUUUUUCUAAUAGCGGUCAGCCCUUCGAGAGGCUAUAACAAAUCUCCGCGUAUAUUCCAUAAAAUAACCAUCUACUUAUACCAUUCGGAGGCGACAUAAAGCUGUAGGUCUCUCCAUCAGGCAUAUGAAGGCUAUAAGCCGUCUACAGGGUGUGCCAUAUUUUAUGUCGGUAUGAAAACAUUGAAUAACUUUGAAAAAAAAAGAACUGUUUUGUAUAAGUGACCACCUCUAUUAGCAAUCACAAACUGCGUCUUUUUUCUGCGUUUGUCAAGCAUUUCGGGUUUUAUAGCAUCGAUUUCGGCACGAAUGUUUGCCUUAAUAGUCUGCGUCUUGCUGGCGUAAACCUUACUCUUUAGAUAACCCCACAAAAAGAAGUCCGGGUGGGCGGGGGAAGUCAGGUGAUAUGGGGGGCCAGUCGAUGUCACCUCUUUUUGACACUAGACGUCCCGGGAAUUUUCGUUGCAGAAAUUCAAUUAUUGCAUUCGCAGUGUGGCAUGGCGCACCGUCUUCCCUCACUGCUUCAACAAGUUCAUUGGAACAUCUUGAUCGUUGAUGAACGGUAUGUUCACGAUCUCCUGCUGUAUCAUGCUCAAAAAAAUUCGACACCAAACGACGAAUUGUAAUAUCAGACGGUGCCUGUUUACCGCGAUACUUUUUGCGAUAUGCGCGUUGAGUUGGAAUAAUAGAUCGACUAUUUUCUAUGUAUAGCAUCACUAUUUCAGCGCGUUGUUUCGAGGUAAAGCGAUCCGUGGUAAAAAUUGUACUAAAUUGACGUAUCGAAAAUAUGUAUGUUGAAGUCAAUCGGUUGGUAAAUGACAAAGUUAUUCAGCGUUUACAUACCAAUUACUCCCUGUUGUAUGAAGUGUUUGACUCAAAAGUCUGUGCUUGUCGUCAGUUCGUCGCCUUCUAUGCUGAUGCAUCGGUUUAGUCUCCCAAUCAAUAUGGUGGAGUCGCGUGAUGAUCUUACCUGCGAACGAUUGGGCUUCCUCCCACUUGCUACUGGUUGCGCACAUAGUCGGUGUCCCCAUAAUUUCUCACUAAUCACUCAUCAACGCGUGGUAUGAGUUUGAAGGUCCAACGCCCGCUUUGUCACUGAUUCCACCGCUGCUUCCACCGGCCUGUUCUCAGCAAUCGCUCAGCUGCUUUUGGCACUGUUUUUUACAGGGCGCUUUGCCUGUAUGUUAGCCCUGACAUAUAGAGGGCGUGACAUCUGGCAUAUAGACCAAAAUGAGAAAACCAAUGUAUGUACUUCUAAAAACAACCAAGCUGGGGAAUUGCAAAUUGGCACGAAUGCAAAAAUUGUACGUACCAUACUUAUGAGGAAAAGUGGCAGGUAUUGGAAAAGACGGUGUUACACCUCACAUACAAAAUAAAACCUUCAUAUUGCUUUUUUCUAGAAUCGCUUAUACUAAGAUACUGAAAUUUCAUACAGUUACAUAAAUUUCAAAUGCCGUACUUGAAGCGAAAAACAUUAGGUAUUGGAAGUUACAAGGAUUUGCGAUCGAUUUACUUCGCCAUCAAAUCAAUAGACAUAUUUGACAUGAAAUAUAUUAUAUUAUUAGAUGAUGUGUUAUGUAAACAAUUUUUAUGAAAUGGCAGUUAAAAACACACACACCGCACGACAAAAUUAUAAGACCAAAUUGAUCAUAAUCUACUAAAGCAUAAUAGAAAAAUGUCCCAAAAUUGUUUCAUUGAUUGCAUGUUUCAUGCGGUAUUUCAUAGCGGAAGUUAUUCCACUUUAAUUGCUGGUAACGCUAGUAUUUUGUUCUGUGCAAAACGAAAUAAUUAUAAGACCAAGAGCGUUUGCUUUUAACAUAAAAGUGUAAGUUAUUUUGACCGCUUUAUCUCGUUCUCAUAUCUAUGAGGUUGUUUUGAUUUAGAAACAAUAAAUAUGCCGCGCCGAAAAGCUUUGUCUGAAUUUGAGGAGGUACAAAUUCUAGCAUGGGGAGAGAGUGGCCUUACAAUACGAGAGAUAACUUCAAAAUUAAAAAAAUGCAACAAUGGGGUUUUACAUUACUUCAAUUUGAAAGAAAAGUAGGAUGUACCAAGAAAAGUGGUGGAAAACCAAACUUAUCGGUAGAGAUGUUCGGGAAAUCACAUCAAAUCAAAUAGCCCUGCUGAAAUUAAACACACCCUUAAUCUGGAAGUUACUACCCCAAGUGCAACCAUUUUUGUAAGCGGAUUAUAGUCAGGCCAGAUUGACAUUUGCAGGAAAGCCGCACUUCUCGGACGAUUAUUGGGGAAAGUAAUUUUUUCCGAUGAAAAAAAUUCAAUCUAGACGAACCAGAUGAUUCCCAAAUGUAUUUUCAUGAUAGACGUAAGAAAAAGGAGGAGAGAAUGGCUCCUAAUUUCGGUGUGGAUUCUGUCAUAGCUUGGAUGUGUCAAAGGUAAAACUUCUAUAUUUAUCAUAUCCACAAAAAUGAAUAGUGUAGGAACUUCCAGAUGCAAUACUUAUUACUUUUUUUAUAAUAAUUUCGAUAAGAAGUGGAUUUUCCAGCAUGGCAAAGAGUUUUUGGCAACGAAAAAGAGACCAAUUUUAGAAUGGCCUGCCCACAGCCCUAACCUUAACCCAAUCAGAAAUGUAUGCGCAAUACUCUCUCAAACAAUUUUCAAAAAUAGAAAACAGUUUGAGAGCGCUAAAAGCCACAGAAGUGCGAUUAAUGUCGUAUGGACAAAAAUUUGUGAAAAUAUUAUAAAAAACUCAAUCAAAUAGAUGCCUCGACGACUUCAGCAAGUUAUAAUCAACGAAGGAUCCAACUACUAAACUUCAAAUUAUAAACUAAACCCAAGAAUUCUCCUUAUUUAUUUUAAAUAUAAUAGCAUUGGUCUUAUACUUUUUUCGUUCUAUAGAUUUUACUUUUUUCAAUAGUUAAUUUAAGUUUCGUGAAAUGUGUGCUUAUUUCUGGAUAUUUUUAAAACAUUUAUCAUUAAAAGUUUAAAUUUUAAAAGCAUAAAUUGUUGGCCCUAAACUGUUAAUAAAAAUAUAAGAAAUUUGGUAGGUCUUAUAAUUUGCUCGUGUGGUGUACUUCCAUUUCCUUAUAAGCUUCGGCUGACUACGUGAAUUCGGAAAUAAUCACUGAGAUGUUUUUGAGUAGAAAUUAAAAGCGAGUAAUAGCUGCCGUAUGUUAAUCACUAAAAUGUCCAUCAUUUACAGUCUCCAUCAUUCAUUUAUUGAGUUGAAAUUUAACUAAAUAAUUCGAUAGUAUUUUAAUUCAAAAAUGUCUACAUGCAAUACUAAAUUAAUAUUAAAGCUCAUUAAAUCAUAGAAACGCGCAUAUUUUUCAAUGAUAUGCAGUUAAUCAACAGCAAUUAUUAGGCAAAUGUUAUGUGUUCAACUAAAAAUAGCUAAAACCUUAUGUACAUGAAUAUAAUCGGAUAUGUGCUCUUAAAAAAUUUACAAUUAAAAUAUUCUUAUGUAUGUGACAAUGUAUACGAAAAACAGUUCAUAUUGCUGUAUGAAGUUAAAUGAAACGAAUUUAAAAUUGAGCAAAAAAGCAAUUUUCUAAGUAUGAUAGUAUAAAUUACCGAAAGUAAAAACAUUCCCACGAAUGACUGAAGCUUUACUCGACCAAGAUUUAUUGUAAAAAAAGACAUAAUAUAAAACUAAAACUAAAAAAUUAUUUCAUGGUAGCAGGAAAGGGGAGCUAAAUGUACAGUGAGCGGAAUUGCUAUAUGGGACAAACCAAUUUCAUUUUUCUUCUAAAAUAGCUGCAUAAUAUUUUCUUGAGUUACCUUCUAAUAUAUAUAAAAAUGUGGGUACGAACUAGCAGUUUUUUUAUAGUUAUUUUGUCUUUUGCCUCAGGUUCCGUUACGUUUGCGCGUUGCAAAAAGUUCGCAAAUAGCGCUAACAGUAAAUCGAAAUAAAAAUGUCAGCCACAACUUUUUGAAAAAUCCUGAUGGAUAUGGAAAAAUUAAAAGAACUGAUUCAAAGCCUAAGACUGAUGACAGGUGUAAGGGAGAGAUGAGAUGUUACUAAAAGAAGAAUACAUCCACUUUUGAGUGCAGAUUCGAGUUUAAAAUAUAAUAUCAAAAUAGACAGGCUAAACCGCAGCUUACAACACGCUACAAAGAACUUGACUUGAAUUCGCUUUAAUCAUAAAUUCUGUGAUGAUGAAUGGCGAGCCAUAAUUUUUAGCGAUGAAUAAACAUUUAAUCUCGACCAACCUGAUGAUUCCCACAAGAAUUGGAGAGAUAUUCGCGAGCUACGACAAACGCGUCACUCCCGAAACUUCUAUGGUGGGUCUCUUAUGACAUGGGUAGUUUUAGCUACCAUGGAACUACCCCUAUUUGUUUAAUCUCGCCUCAAAUGAACGCAGAAAAAUACGUAGAAGUUUUACCGAAGAAUUUCACUUUAGGUCUUGAACCUACAUAUAAACAUGACAGUACUCCAAUCUACAGCGCUAAGCAUAUAAAGAAGUUUUUCGCAUCGAAAAAUAUGCAUGCGCUAAAGUGGCCCGCAGUUAGUUCAGAUAGAACUCCAAUGAAGCAACUCUGGAGCUAUGAGAUCAUUCCAGCAGAGGCACUGAAUUUCAUGCUCUAGCAACUCAUCAGAUUUUACUACCUAGACUUCAGAAUAGAGUUUAAGGUAAAGUUCCCUACGCAAAAGGAAUGGGAUUUGAGUUAAAUAGCCAAAGAGAAUGCCCUUUACACUGACGGAUCCAGGCAAUGCGAAGAGAAACUUUAGCGCUCAAGACAGACAUCACUCUCAUUUGGGUUCCUGGCCAUAGGAGCAUAGAAGGAAAUGAAAAAUUUGAUGAACUGGCAAGAUAGGAUGCCCCAUCCUGUAACGAAUCCGAAGAGGUAGAAAUAGGCUUUCGCCAAGGUAUGCGCAAAAGGGAGAUCUUCUCGCUAUUCCAGAAGCAGUCCGUAGACAGGACUAACCUGAUAACGGAUACCUGCAAAAUAACUAAACAAUCGUUGCGCAGAAUUGACGAGUUAUUAAAUAAACCACGAGCAAACAUAUUCAGAAUUAUGUCAACAGUAACCGGCCACUGGCCUUUAAGAGAGCAUGCCAGAAAGAUAUGGUGACCAUACAACAUAGACGUAAAGCCUGCAGUAAAGAAGGAUCUAAACAAACAGUCUUUUACUGUCUGUGUGAGUACCCAAGUCUAACUGCUCUAUGAUAUAGAAUGCUAGGAGAAUUCUCGAUGGUUAAUUUGAACGAAAUUGCAGAAAAGCAAAUAGACGGCAUAGGCAGAUUUAUAGUAAAAUCAAGAUGGUUCGACUAAUAAAAAAUAGUGGUUCUAUAAGUGGUAUAACAAAUUAGCAUCUUUUGUGCUAAUUGGGUCUGGGCUGUGACACUCAGACAACACCUACACUACCACCACUAGGAAUGGGCAAAAAUUGUCCUUAGUGUCCUUCAGUCUCACCCGCAAAUGCAAUGCCACGGCGACUAGUAUCAGUUACAAAAAACAGAGAACAUAAUUAUUAUUUUCUUUGGUUUAAUAUUAGGUUUAUCCCAUAUACCUAUUUUCAAAUUUGCAAGAGUGUAAAUUUUUACAAUAAAAGGCUGAAACAAAUACUUUAACAUGCUUUUUACCUGAUUUUCUUUUCUUCCCUUAUGCUGAAAGGUAAAAAGAUUUAAUAUCUGAAUAUUUUAUUACAAAAAAAAAACAUUCUUCAGUGUCCCAUAUGGCUAUUUCGCUUAGUGUAUGUGCAUAUUUAUGAACGUAUUUAACCAGUUAAUUGUAACCGAAAAUCGAACGAUGACGAGUAUGGUCGUCAAGAAGUGCAUGACACAGAUGGAUUUAUUUUAUAAAAUAGCCAAUUUUACCACUAAUAUUUAUUUAUCUGACUUAUGUUAAUUAACCAAAACUACAAAGUUCAAACGGCUUCCUAUUUCCUCCUCUGAUAUUCCACAAAGCAUUUGUAGCCAGAUCGUCCAUCUCACCAUCGUCGUUGUUCUCAGUGUCAGUUAUAUCAGAACCCAUUAGAAUUUCAGGAUCGCUCUCUGCAUCAGCAAUGUUUUCAGAGGAUGAUGAAAAUGCUUGUAAACGACUUCUCUGCAUUGUAGCGAAUGAAAUCGGAAUUGCUCAUUUUGAGAAUAAAAAAAUUAAAACUAAAAAAAUAGUAAUUUACAAAUAUUUUCUGGAAAACUUUAUAAUAUUUACGUGAGUUUCACUGAACUCACUUGAUGGGUACCACUGGCACGUGGAUCAGUGAACAUUGAUACUCACUCUUUUGGUACACUUUGUACUCACUUGAUAACAGGUCUGUUCACGUAAAAAUGAUUCCCUUAAUUUCCAAUUUCUCUCUCAAAGAGAAAAAUAUUAAAAAAAGUACAUAAACGCAAGACCAGUAACAAUUUGCAAGUUUUACGAACAGCUAAUUAAAUUAUUGGCAGGAAAAAUUACAAAAAUUAAAAAAAAAUUGACUUGAUCUACCUCGUAUUAAAUAAAAAAAAAUUAAGCAAAUAAAAUGCACAAUAACGGGCUUCGGAAUCACAUAAUUUCAUUUUGUCCACAAUAAUUUGUACCAUUUCAGCAUCGCUGUCAGAUGAAGCAGAUUCCAUUAGCAAUUGCAAUUCGCAAAUUUGAAUUCGUGUUUAUUUUUCCUUUGCGAUUAGCUGUUUCACUUGCAAAUUCUUACAAGUAAAAAUGUAUCCAGUAAAAACUUGCAACUUCUCCUCGAAAUGAAAGGUCAUUUUGCUCUCUCAUUUUCCUCUAUUUUCCAAGUUUUUUGGGUACAGUAACACCAAAACUUGAUAAUUUGUAAUUGAUAUAAACUAUUUUAUUCAUGAACAGACCUAAUAACUGUUCACCAAAUAUCAAUGAAUCGCUGAUAUAAUUAAUCGCUUAUUCGGUAUGCGAAGUUAUACGAGUACGCUGUUUCUGCCGUUGUAUGCGGGAAAGCAUGAGUUUAGAACACAUUUUUCAUAUUUUUAAUUUUUUUUGUUUUAUUGCGGCCUGGUUUCGAAUUAUUCUAAGCAUCUGGAAAUUUACGAAUAUGUUUAAUUUUUGUAUUUAAAUGCCACCUUAUUUAUUGCCACCUUUCCAUACUCGUCCAACACAGUUAACUGGUUAAAAAAUUUGUAUAAUAUUUUCUAUGCCCUGCAUGUACUUGACCACUUUGCUGCUGCGUACAGAUCUGUGGAAAUUUCCUUAGAUUGUUUUACCUAACAUAAGUAUCAGCUUGUAGCAAAAAAUACUGUUGGAUUUGUCAAAAAUCCUCGCAAGUGUAUGUUUUUAUAAGUGAACUAUUAUACAAUAAAUUUUCGUUGGAAUGGCUAAGUUUGAAACAGUUAGUUCUGCCAAAGUUGUACUGUUUGUAACUUUGAGAUGUAUACAUGCAUACAUAUGUAUGAAUAUAUCUUUGCUGCGCUACGAUAUUACUUAUUUAUUUGUAAAUUGUGUAUUCUCAAAUUUAUGUGUAAGUAUAUACCAAUAGAUAAUAUUAAUGUUAUCUAAUUUAUGUGCAUAUAUGUAUGUGUGUGCUAUCCACAAUAAAAACAAUUUAAUUAUAAAGGCUUCUAAAGCAACAGCAUACAAGUUUAUCUGAAAAAAAAUAUAUACUAAGGCCUACCUAACUAAAAUAUAAACACGUAUUUAAAGCUUAGCAUAUAAAAAUGAGAGAUGUUCGCAAAGCGUACAGUCCCAGAAGAACCUUAAAUGGACUUAAAAAUAUAAAAUAAACGAAAGUAAGCAUUUUUGUACUUGUAGCAUAUAAAUAAAUUACAAAAUCAAAUUCGCUUUAAAUUAUGCAACUAAAUUAAGAGUAAAAUAUAAAUGAGAUAGAGAAAAUUCUUAAUUGAUCAAAUCGCAAUGUUCGCAGUAAUUAAAAAUUAUUUAUGUGUAUUUUUUGUUGUUUUUAUAGUUAUUUAUAAAUAUGUAAUAUAUAAAUAUAUAAAUGUUCGCAAAAUUAUAAUUUAUAAUUAAAAAACAUUGUUUCAAGUAAGUGUAUUCAAAAUUUUAUGUACUAAAAAUGUGUAUGCUCAGUGCGGUACAUAGUAGAUAGAAAUUAGAUAUACAAAACGUAAUUGAAUAUUUUAAAUACAUA